CGGGCCGAGAAGGCCAAUCUCACCAACAUGCUGGAGAGCGUGAUGGCAGAGCUGACCCUGUUGCGCACCAGGGCUCGGAUUCCAGGCGCGCUGCAGAUCACCCCGCCCAUCUCGGCCAUCACCUCGAAUGGGACCCGACCGAUGACCACACCCCCAACCUCUCUGCCUGAGCCUUUUUCGGGAGACCCGGGCCAGCUAGCAGGGUUCUUGAUGCAGAUGGACAGGUUUAUGAUCUUCCAGGCCUCCCGCUUUCCUGGGGAGGCCGAGCGAGUGGCGUUCCUCGUGUCCCGGCUGACUGGGGAGGCAGAGAAGUGGGCGAUCCCCCACAUGCAACCUGACAGCCCCUUGCGAAACAACUAUCAGGGGUUCCUGGCAGAGUUGCGGAGAACCUACAAGUCUCCGCUCCGGCACGCGCGGCGCGCCCAAAUCAGGAAGACUUCUGCCUCCAAUCGGGCUGUGCGGGAGCGGCAGAUGCUGUGCCGCCAACUGGCCGCCACGGGUACGGGGCCCUGCCCUGUGCACCCAGCCUCCAGCGGGACUAGUCCAGCGCCCGCCCUGCCCACCCGAGCCCGGAACCUUUGAGAACCGGCCACCGCCCUGGUUGCACCUGCAGCUACCAGGUAGCAUAACCCCUUGGCUGCGUAGAAGAAGUGUCCCUACAACAGCAUCGUUCUUGUUUGACGACGCCCUUCCUGCCUCUCCAGACCUGUUCCAGAAGACCUGCAUCCUCUUGGGUGCCCCGUUACCCGCCUCGCUGCCUAGUGUGACGUGCUAGGUUUGUGCCCACGCCUCAGCGCAUGCGUCCCCUCCCUUGCUUGCAACCCCCGCUCUUCCGGUGACCACAGCUCUGCUGCUCGGUCACACCGACUCCACAGCACGCUCCGCACCAUGUGGGCUGACCUCUCCAAGCCUGACUCGGUUCACAGACUCUCCUAGUCCACCCUCUUCAGACCCCACGGCAGCUCCCCACCUGGGUGCCCUGUUCUCACUGAUGACAGAGAGAAGCCACUUUGGCCAGGCUGGUGCCUUGAUGUGGGGACCUGGAGAGGUGGUCUCCAGCCCUGCAGUGCCCAGUGUAGCAGGCAGGGGCCUUGUCCCUGCUGUCGGUGGCCAGGUGAUCACUGCUUGGAGUGUAGUUCAGCAUUUCUGGGGCUCCGCUUCACUCUGCACAUGAGCACGCAGUCAGUAUGCCCAUGUUGGCCCGGAAAGACUGAACAUGCAGGUAAAGGGAGAAGCACCUCCAUGAAUGCCUGCCUUUAGCUGCCAGUGGUCUGAUGGCACCAGGAGUUUUGGGACUCUGGAACUUGGCUGCUAAAGGAGGUCAUUGUGACUUGGGGCCACUGGGCAGUUCCAUCAGGCUGCCACAGGCAGCACAUUCGUGCACUUCCGUGCCUGAGCGCCACUGCAGGCUGAAGGGUGGACACUCGCGGCUCAUUUUGCUGCCCUGGACCUCCAGUGGGAAUCGCCCCUAGCUGCUAGUGUGUAGUCACCCCUCCUCUUUGUCCCAUGUCACUGGGUAGUGGGCCUUGUCUAGCUUGAGACUUGUUCCCUUCUCCGUUCAUGGGACAUGUGGCCUUCACCUCAGCCCCUCAGCCAUUCACAGCAUCUCUGGGUCUCUGGAACCUCCCUGUAGGAUGCCGUCCCUGUGCCUCGGCUGUCCAUCAGCUGCCCAACCUUUGCCCAAGAAAACAUGGACUCAGCUGGAGACCCGGUUCCUCUGGGAUGUCUCCUUAAGCAGCGAAGGCAAGGGCGUACUGGCCUCUGGAAACCAGGGCCCUGGUGGCUUUUGUAAAGGAAGAGAACUGCAGAUUACCUGCGUCCCGAUGUGACAGGGCAGACCUGGCACUCGUGUCCUAAUCCUGAGGGACAAAGCUAGACCUCUUAGUGGUGGACAGCCUUGUCCUUCUUCACAGGGGAUGCCCAGAAAUCUCUUUCUAAGUGAGACAUUGGUGAGCCCUUUGGCUGGUGACGCUCCCUCCAUAUUUCAUUGCCAAAUGGAUUGCAUUUACGUGACCACCUAGACAAUGGGGGGAGGUGAGGUAUCUUCCCCUGGGUUCCUCUGCCUUGUUCUAAUGGUCCCGGCUUCACCGUGGGACUGCCUCUGUACCCACCCAAAGGCAUAUGUCUUGGGAUACCCAGAGGUUGGGCCCUAGGGUCCAUACUUACUUCCUAAGAGUUCUGAUGAUGCUGGGAAAAGUGACUGCGUUCCUGAAGCAACCAGGGCCUUGGCAAGGUCAAGGAUAUCAGUGGUUGCUGGUGUCUGUGGAUCACUGCCACCCACUAAUUGUAAACUCUGUUAGCCCAGUUGCCCUGCUGAACAACUGCCUGAAUACAGGCUCAGGCCCCCUGGAUGCCAGCCAAGGCUGUUCAGGCGGGACCAUGGUGCUCAUUAAGCAUGAAGGGGGAAGGACAGAGUGGAGCCACCGUUCUGGGGGUGGGACCUCUGAUGGGGGUGUGCAGAUCGCGUUUUCUUUGUGCUCAGUUUUCUCUCAUCUGCCUGUCAGGUAGAGGUGGCCACAGAUGACGGGGUACAAUGGAACCUGAGGCAAAGCAAGCCUGCAGUGGUAAUAGACACCUUGAAGAUGUCCAUGUGGUUUAGCCCAGCGGGGUAGGUGACCCAGCAUGGGAGCAGGGCGGGAAGUCUGGGAUCUCAGCGGCCCCUGGGUCUACCCAAGUGCAGUUUAGAAACGCUUCGUCUGCAUUAGGUGCUGAGCUUCAGUGCUGCUCCCGUGCCAGCCAGGGCGAGGCCCGUAGACCCCGGCUGGCCUUGCUGCCUGUCCACACCGUGACCUGGCCCGUUGUGUGUGGUUGGCGUGCCCAGGCCAGGCUGCUGCUCCGGCUUCAUUUCGCUUGGUGAUUUGGUUGCGUUUCGUCUUGGCGCUGACGUGUGUAGGCUUGGGAUUGGUGCUGAUGUCUAUCUGUGACCUUGACCGCUUCCUGCAACUUUGGAAACAGGCAGACGAGAGAGGCUCAGGGGGUUUCCCCCACACUGGACUCGGAAGACGCUCCACACUGGGGGCCAGUGGCUGUAGUGGCAGACCCCCAGGCCCCAGCUAAAGAGGAAGGGACCCAAGCUCCGUGCGGCCCAGAUCAAGGCCGCAGUGACUGGGAGGGUCAAGAUGGAGAAGGACGUGGGGGACAGGAGCUGCUCUGUACAUACUUCGCAGUUAUCAUUUCUCUAAGUUUAAGGGAACAGGUAUUGAGGGACAGGCAGUUAGUAGCAUUAAUGCAUGUGAGGGACAGUUACGUUUUUCAUGGUGUUGACAUUGGACGAUAUUGUGACUGCUGUCUGGUCUACAUGAUACCCAUCUGGUAAGUUAGCUGCAUAACAGGGCAUCGUUUGAGAUGGGACUCGGAAUAAAGGGUGACUCCCUAGAGAUGAUGACAAAAGGUGGGGCUCCGGGGAAGGAAGCACAGAGCAGACUGUUGGGCUCGCCAGUCGGGGAGAAGAUUGGGGUUCAGGGAGGUCCAUCAUCCACUGACCGGAGAUGCCAUCUUCUGCAUCAUCUCAGGGUCCUAACAUCUGGUGUGGCAGCUGGCACAGCACAGAUGACGUAGAGACGGGAGGAGCCCCAACUCCUGACUUGGAUAUCUCUAACUCCUUUCCAUAAACAAGUAACAACUUAUAGGUCUUUUCAGCAAAACUACAGGUUAUAGAAAUUUUGGAAAAUAGAGGAAAGAGAAAAGUAAAAUGUAACAUUUUGGUGUUUUGCCUUCCACGCCCCCACCCCACUCCACCCCCAUUUUAUUACUCAUUUUAUUCUGAAAUGGCCAUGUGCUCCAUCAAGUAGAUGGACAGCAGUGCCCAUCGCUGAUCACUGCUGUUACUGAUUUUUCACUGUUAGAAAUUGAUGCAUAUCUUUGUGCAUAAAGCUUUUCCCAGUGUCCCGGUUUUUCCUUAGGGUAGAUUCCCAGAGGCGGGCUUAUUGAAUUAAAGAAUAUGAAAACCGUUGAGGCUUUUUGUGUAUUGACAAAAUGGUUUCCAGAAAUGUAUCCAUUUACACUGCCACCAGCAAGGAUUAAUGCGCCCGUUUUGCCAUCUUGCCAGCACUGAGUAUUAUCAUCUGGCUAACUAUUUGCUAAUUUGAUAAUGAAAAAAUGGCAUUGUGUUUUAGUUUGCAUUUCUUUGAUUUCUAGCGAAGUCUAACAUCUUUUCAUGUCAAGCAGCUGUAUUUCCUCUUUUGUGGAUUGUCAGUGUCUUUUGCUCUUAUCUACUGGGAUCUGAUAAAUUGGAGCUCGUUAUAUAUUAAAGAUAUUAACCUAG